AUGCCAAGGUCUUUUCUGGUCAAAAAGGUGAAGGACGGUUUCUCUUCAGUGGAGAGUGAAAGUGUUUAUGUCAGACAUCGCACAGACUUCAGCAAACAUAUCUCUGACAAAGGUUACAUCAGUGAGUACAUACCUCCUUCUGUUUAUGAUGGUGACAGUGAUGGAGCAAUCAAAAUUCCUUCCCCUGAUACCCUCUACACUGCAGUGCACAGCGAGUAUGGAGCCCCAGACUCGGAGCCCCCUGACAGUCCACAAUCAGAAAUCACUGGAGGCUACAUCAAUGGGGAUACUGCUGUUAGUGAGGGCUACUCUGUGGAUGCCUUCUUCAUCACGGACGGGAGAUCUCGCCGUAAGGUGUUGAGUGGUGGUCGAUCCUUACAAAGGCACAGCUGCAGUGAGUGCGGGAAAAGCUAUGCCACGUCUUCCAACCUGAGCCGGCACAAGCAGACUCACCGUAGCCUAGAUAGCAAGCUUGCCAAGAAGUGCACCACAUGUGGUAAAGUGUACGUGUCCAUGCCGGCCAUGGCAAUGCACCUGCUCACCCAUGACCUCAAGCACAAGUGUGACACUUGCGGCAAAGCCUUCAGUCGACCUUGGCUGCUCCAAGGCCACAUGAGGUCCCACACUGGUGAGAAGCCCUUUGGUUGUGCCCACUGUGGCAAAGCCUUUGCUGACCGCUCCAACCUCCGUGCACACAUGCAGACGCACUCCGCCUUCAAACACUACAAGUGCAAACGCUGCAGUAAGACCUUCGCCCUCAAGUCCUACCUGAACAAGCACUAUGAGUCAGCCUGCUUCAAAGGAGCAGUUCCCCCGCUCAGUCCCAUGGAGGACUGA